UUCCUAUAAGUGCCGUCUCUAACAUCGCCAGCUACCAAAGGCGAAAUUGGGAGCGAAAUUCCUGCUUCCGAACUGUCGGAACCAACCCGGACCCGUAUCCGAUAGUCAACAAACCCAGCUCCUUUCUUCUGCGAUUCUCCCCGGAGGUAGAAUGGUAGCUGUAGUUGAAGCUCGUCAGCUCAGCUUUCCCAAGCCUCCGCCACUUUCUCUUUCUCUCUCUUCUCCCCACGUCACAUCUCUCCUCUUCGAACCGACGUUUCUCUCUCUAGCCCUCUCGCACUCCGAUUCCUCUUUCUCCCUCUACCAUUCUUUCUCUCCCCUUUCCCUCGCUCCCCCGUUUUCAAUCCCACCUCCGAAAACCCUAGUCCCGCCGCCGGUAUCCUCCGCCACCUUCCUUAUCCUGCGUGACGCUAACCCCAACCCUAAUUCUCUAUUCAUCGCUUCCUCGCCUCUCUCCGGCGGUUCUGCUGUCCUGUUCCGGUUCUACAUCCUUAGCCCUGCUAGAAAAUCUUUCAUUAGAGCCAGAGUUUUAUGCAAUCACAGUGAUAUCCGAUCGGAAGAGGGAAAAUUCGGGGUCGUUUUUGGGGUCAGUCAUGGGGUUUCGGUGAAAUUGGCUGGGUCAGUCAAUGUGUUUGCAAUGUACUCGAUUUCGAAUUCAAAGAUUUGGAUUUUUUCCGUGAAGCACAUGGGCAAUGAUGAAGUGAAAUUGAUGAAGUGCGCCGUGAUUGAUUGCUCCGUGCCAGUGUUUUCAAUGAGUCUUUCAUUCGGGUUCCUUAUCAUGGGGGAAGAAAAUGGUGUUAGGGUUCUACCUUUAAGGCCACUGAUUAAAGGAACAGCUAAACAAGAUAUCGGCUUGAGUAAGAAGAAACUGAUCAAUGCAUUGGAUCGAGAUAAUAAGAUGGGCAAUGAAAGACUGAAUAGGACCGAAAUUGUGGGCACUGAAACAGAAUUGAAAUUGAACUAUGGUAGUCACUUUGAGAAGAGAAGUGAUCAACAUUCCCAUGCUGCGAAGUUGAAGUCUGCGAAGUUGAGACAAGAUUCCCGAGGUUGGGGUGUCAGUUAUUUUGCAUUCGAGCAGGUGUUUAAUUUGGAAUCAGUGAAAGUGCCUAUAAAAUCGGUCAAGGCUAUAAGCAUUCAGGCCUUGUCUGCAAGCAAGUUUCUGAUAUUGGACUCGGUCGGAAAUCUGCGUAUCAUGUUCCUUGCCAGUUAUGCCCCUGGUUAUAAGAUUCAUGGUCACAUGAAACGGUUGAGUCUCACCUUGAGAGUGCAGAGGAUGGCUGUUCUUCCUGAUAACUCAGCUAGUACACAAGCUGUUUGGUUGUCAGAUGGGCUCCACAGCAUACAUGUGAUGGUGUUAAAUGAAGCAGAAAGUUCCGUUAGUGAAAUAGAAAACAAGGAGACUGAUGAAAUGCAAACUUCAGUUCCACAAGCCAUAUUUUCAAGCGAAAUAAUCCAAGAAAUUGCACCUGUGACUGCAAAUUCAGCCAUGCUACUUGGACAAGGAAGCAUAUUUGUAUAUGCAAUUUCCUAAUUGUGCGCACUCUCUCUGUCAGUGAACUUGAUGAUGUGUGCUUCACGGAAUGUGUUUUUGGGAUUGAACUCUGAGCACAUUUGGUUUAAUGGAGUUUCGCAAAAGCGAUCUCAAUAUGGUCGCUGGAGGUCUACAUUCUCAGAGCAAUCCAUGGCAGAAUGCUGCUGCACAUCUUGUGUGCUCACCUGCGUGGUAGAAAAACAGUUGGUAAAUCAUGUGAACAAUGCAGCUGUUGGUUUUACCCAUUGGACUUGGUUCUUCAGGUUUCUGGGGCAGAUAUAAAAGUGGCCGUCCUCUGACCAUGUCUGUUGGAUAUUGUUGUUCUUCUAAGCUGACAUUUGUUCUGAAAAAAACUGGGAAGGAUGACACUGCUAUCUACUCCUAUAAGUUAAGACAAUCCUCCACCUCACAGUUGACCAGAAGAAGUAAAUUUGGAUCUGUGCAUCCGACAAUAAAUUACUGUUUCCUUUGUUAUAUCGUAUGACCAUCUGUAAUGUAAAGAGUGAAAAAUGUUAAAAAUAGGCAUUUUAGGUUCGUGAGUAAAUGAAAAAGUUGGAGUGACCCCUUUCGGUCAAAAAGAAAAAGGACAAUAAUUUAUGGUUGAGAUGCAUUUGGUACUGUUUGAAUGGGAAAAUGAUUGAACAGCUCAAAUUAAUAC